AUGGUGGACCAAGGAGAACCUGUCCUCUGCAGAAGCUUUGUGGGCAAUGACUCUCCAGAAGAGCAACUGGCUGAACAACAAUGGUAUAACUUGACUGAAAAGGUUCCUCCUUCCCCCAAACCUCCUCCCAUGUCCCCCCAAAAAACAGAUUUCCCAGUCACCUUUCCUCCGGAGACCAAAACUCAACUGGACAUUGCUGAUUCGUCACAUUCUUCUGUCAGUCGGCAAGACUGCGGGAUUGCCGGGCCCUCCCGUAUCGAAGAAGGAAUGAAACAAGAUGAGAAAAGACAAACGGUGCGAGGCAGCUGCUUCGAUAGUCAAACUCUGGUCAAAGAUGCUGAUAUCAUUGAGGAGCUAAUGGAAAGUGAAGAGAAUGAGGAAAAGGUCAUUGACUCAAAAAGUGGAGAACAAGCUCAAGAAAAGUUGAAUAGCUGCCCUAUGUGCCUGCUGGUCUUCCCUGUCGAGGCCUCACAGAUGGACCGUGAUUGCCACCUGGCACAGUGUCUGUCAGAGAUGAAUGUGGACAUGAGCUGGUGA